GCCAUCCAUCAAAGUGCCCAUUCACACCCAGAGUGGCGCCCAUCAGGCCUCGAAGUUGAGUGGCUCAGUAUUGACGGGCUUUGCUGUUUGCUUUCGAUGCAGGAUGCUUUCACCUUUAAAGGUUCAACUUUUCCAUUUUGUUUUCCGUGUUUUUCUUUCAGCAGCCCCGCACCAAAGCUCGUCUUUAACCGGUUGAAUGGUAAACGCUUCCGGACACCACCCAUCCAGGCGGAUUCUCCACGAGAGGAUUACACCGCGGCACACGAGGAGAAUGUCCGCUUCAUAUAUGAAGCCUGGCAGGAGGUGGAGCAGCAGCUGAAGGAGCCCCCCAGGCCCGAGAAUGAACACGGCCCAGUGCAGUAUUCCGAGAAGUGUCCCAAUCCUGUACUGAAGAACUUUGUCCCCAUCGACCUGGAGGAGUUCUGGGCACAGAGGGUCCUGGCCAUAUUGUGACCUCCAUGAGGCAGACUGCUGCGCUUUUCUUCCAGAGGAGUUUGGGCCGACGCCACCUGGAUGGGCAUCAUGCCGCUGACUGCCGAGCUCUGCGAGUUCUUGGCUUCUUGUUGACCUUCAUGUUGCUGGUGGAAGUGGCCAAACUGCAGUAGUGAUGAUCUUUUAUAUGACGAGACCACCUUCUUGGCUGACAUCUUCUGAAAAUCUGAGCAAAACCUGCCAAAGGGUGCCACCUGUCAACAGUUGGGCAGCAACUGGACCUGCUGCCAUUGUGCCACAUUGUGUGAGCCGCAAGAAGUCGAACUGUUUGAGAAGGCGAGCAGCCAACUGGGCGUCGGGCGCGUCUCCAGUUUUGCCAAGGCAGGUGAUGGUGGCACAGCCCUGGCCUUCCCUCCAGACAGAUGGGCACCUGUGACACUAAACCUCUGGGAGCCCUCACCCCAACUAAUCUGAGGGGGCAGAUGCCAAGCGGGUAUCACAGAAGGCUCAAGUGCCUUUAUCACAAAAGGUGGAUUCUGCCAGUCCUUGCCGGGAUUGUCUCGUGGUCAUCUUUAAAGCUUCCUUAAAAUGUCUAAGCCAUGCCUCCUGCACCCGGGUGUGGGUGAUGUGGUGCCAGCCCUUCAGGGGAUGUCAGCUGAGAACGACGAGCACAUUUUUGUACCGAGUUGGUUUGUUGAUUUGUAGAUUUUUUGCAAAAAUGAAUUUUUCAAUUGUCA